AUGGAAACAGAAGACCUUUCUCUCAUUAAGAAUGGGGCUCACCUUAGUAGCAAUAAUCUUCUCCAUUCCAAGGAAUUUCACUCUGAAGAGCAGAAGAAUGUUAAAAUACCAGUGAAAAGGCUACAUGAAAUGGUUCCUCCUAAUCCUGUACAUGAUUUGACUUUGCAUAAAAAUGAAUCAGCAUACAUUCCCCCUGCUUUGUCAACAAAUAAACCAAGUCCUGCUGACUUGAAUGGCACAUCAUACUUGGAAUCCAAUAGAAAUCACAAAUACCUACCUAUUCCAAAAAAUGUUACAGAUCCCAUUUUAUCAGAAGAGGAUAAGCCUAAUGAUAUUUCAGUACCAGAGGUUUCUUUGGAUAAAACAGAUGAAAGUAAUAGAGCAAAAGUAAAUGAUAUCUUUAUUUCUCAGUAUGCCACGGGUCAGAAAGAUGUUCUAAGAGCUGUUUUAAAGCAAAAAGUCCAACACUCACCUACUUUUAAAGAGGUCAAGGUACAGCUUUUAGAAGAUGCAAGUACAAUAAAAGAUCCUGUUUCUGUGGAGAUGAGAUCGUCAUCCAGUGGAAUUGAUUCUGCUUCAACCGUGGCAGCAGCAACGGCUGCCGCCAUUGUGACAGCAGCUCCAUUGAUAAAAGUACAGAGUGAUUUGGAAGCAAAAGUUAAUUCUGUUUCAGCAUUACUCAAUAAACUCCAGGAGACAGAUAAACAAUUACGUCAUGUUGCUGAGCAGCAGAAAAACAUAAAAGCCCAGACUGAGAGAUCUUGUUGUCAAGACCAUGAGAAACAGUUUGAUAUGAUUAUAGCACACCACCUUAGGCAUCUUGAAAAACUACAACAGCAACAGUUAGAUAUCCAGAACCAUUUAAUUACCUCUGCACUAAACCCUGGCAGAUUCCAGUCUUUCAAUAUGUUGUCUUCCAAUCCAGUAGAAAAAUCAUUUGUAAAAUCAGAACUUCGUCCUGUUAGCAGUAACCAUUCUUCACGUCACAGACACACAGAGCUUUCUAGUCAAGCCUCUUUAAAACAAGUUGAAGAUUUGGGAUAUGAUAAGCAAAAAUCUCCACUUGAGACUCCUGCACCCCGAAAAUUUGCUCCUGUACCUCUUUCUAAAGAUGACAAAAUCUCCAAGAGUAUAAGAUCUGGACAAGAAAAGGAAAGUUUGCAGAUAUUAUCUUGCAAAGGAAGUGGAAGAUUAUUGGAGCAGAUCCUAAAUAGUCAGGACACCCAAGUAGCAGAAUCUUCAGAAAGAAUAUCAUUAGUCACAUCAAGAAUGAAGCAGGAUUCUGUGAGAAACAGCGUCAGUCGUAAGGCAGAAGAGUGUGGUGGUGCCUCUCUGAAGUCUAAAUCAUUUCCUUCUUAUGAAGAGUUUGGAAUAGCUGAAAAGACUACACAGCACAUUGAUGAUGUCUUUUGUGGUCUUGGCCAAAGGAAGAGAGAGCCAGAAGAAUUUUUGAGCACUUUUGGAGUUACUGAUUUUCCACAGAGUCCAGGCCAUUCCAAGUCAAACAAAACAGCAAAAUCUAUUUUGAAAGAAGCUGAAAAAAUUUUAAGAGGUGUGCAAAAUAAUAAAAAAGUUCUUGAAGAAAACCUUGAAGCCAUUAUUCGUGCGAAAGAUGGAACUGCUAUGUAUUCCUUUAUUAGUGCUCUGGCUACUAACAGAGAUAUGUUGGAAAAAUUUCGUAUUAAAAAGACAGUGAGUAAAUGGAUUGAAAUAAUCACUCAAGAAAUUCAGGAUGAAUUGGCAAGAAAAGAUUUUGAACAUAAGAAAUUUGAUAAGAAUCAAAGGUUAAAUUUCACCAAAAAAGUCUUAAAUAACCAAUAUCAAAAAGAGACCAAAGAAAUUAAAACAAAUGUUCAAGAUAAAACUGUAAAUAGAUUUGGGUUUCAAGGAAAACAUUUUCGAAAGCAGUUAGAGGAAAGUUCUAGAAAUAUGUAUCCAAAGAACGUUCAUCCUUCAAAUUCAGAUAAAGACAGAAAAGAGGGGCAUCUGAAGACAACCAACGUGGUGCAAGGUAGUGAAUACUUGUUACAGGUUUAUGGGAAACCAGUUUAUCAAGGUCAUCGCAGCACUCUUAAAAAAGGUCCAUACCUUAGAUUUACUUCACCAUCUUCCAAAUCCAGACCCCAGCAACCUAAAGUCAUAGAACAAGUUAAAGGUACUAAGAUAAGGUCAACAAAAACACAAACUGAAUCAGAGUUGACCAGAUCAGUGGGGACAGACCCAAGAAAGACGCGCUCCUUUUCUCCACCUUCUCAACAGGAACAGCAGUAUUUGUUCAGCCCAAGCCAAGAAGCCCCUUUUGUCUCAGGCACACUACAAGGCCAUCUUAUUCCCAUGGCAAUUCUUUUAGGACAGACUCAAAGCAACAGUGAUUCUAUGCCACCUGCUGAAGUAAUUAUGGAAAAACCAAACCCUGUAACAGUAGCUACCUCUAUUCCUCCAUCUAUUCAAACUAAAAGAACUGGACCAAAGAAACCCAACACAGCAGUUGUAGAGAUGACAUCAGAAAAAAAGGAUCCCCCUCAGCUUACUAUACAGGUAUUACCCAAUUUAGAUAUUGAUAGUCUUUCAAGUGAAAACAUCGAUGGAAAUCAAGCUUCCUCUAGUUCCAUAAAAGCAUCUCAUCCCAUUCAGACAUGGAUACAGGAUCCAGAAUUUACACAGCCUGAUGAAGAUGACCCUAAGUUUCCAGGAUCCAACUUUGAUGAAGUAAUUGAUGUAAUACAGGAAGAAGAAAAAAAUGAUGACAUUCCUGAUUUCUUUGAACCAGUCUUGGAGUUUAACCAAAGUGCUAAAGUUCCUUCUCAGAAUUAUAAUGGUCCUCCAUUUCCACCAGUGAUAUCUGCUGCUCAGCCUACUGCUGAUAUUUUGGAGAAAGUGAUUGAGAGAAAAGAGGCUCUAGAAAAUAGCCUAAUUAAUUGGGUGGAACAAGAAAUAAUGUCAAGAAUUAUCACUAGGGUACUUCCAUUCCAGCAACAGGCAGUACCUAAUGCCAGUGUUUCAGAAAGUGAAGAAAGUGAAGAAAGUGAAGCUGUGGGCUGUGAUGUUGUUGAACCAGUAGGUGGUACAAGAUUUCGACUCCUUGUUGAUACCGGUGUGCCUGUGAACUCAGACACAAUUAGUCAUUUUGUGAAUGAAGCUCUUGAAGAAAUUAUUGCCAUCAUGCUUGGAAACAGGGAAAUGACAAAAGACAUUCCUCCUGUUCCAGAAAGUGUUCCUGCCAAUGUAACAUACUUACCAACUGUUCACUGUACUCCAGUGCCCACUCCACAGCCCACUCCGCCUCAGUCUCCUCCUCCAUCUCCUCUUAAGGGACCAUUAUUAAUAAAAACUCCAGAGUCUUCACCCUGUAUUUCAGAACAUGAUGAUAUUUUUCCUGUAAAAGAACAAUUUACUCAGACAGGAAAUGAUAAUCUCCCUGCAAGUACUCUUAUUAUUACGCCUACAGUUACUCCUGCUGCUACACCUCCAUUAGCAGGGACACCAACUCUUAGUGUCUCUGAAGAUUCCUCUGAAAAAUUUAAGAAAGCAAGCCCUAAACUUCCUAAGCCCUGGAGUAAUGAUGAUUUGCCACUGGAUGAAGAGAAUCCCAAUCCUAUUCAAGAAGAACCUCUUCACUCAAGAGCUAUUGUGAUGUCUGUGGCUCGAGAUGAAGAACCUGAAAACUUGGUCUUACCUGCUCCAUCAAUUGUUUCCAAUCCAGUCAUCUUUAAAUCAUUUCCUGUUGAAGCACAAACUCCUUCUCCAGUUCAUACACCAAGUUCUGUACAGACAACACAGGAAAGUAGUUCAAGCUACAUCACUACUGAAACAGAGACCUUUGAGAGACCCAUUUCUGAGGGAGAGAUUUUGUUUAGUUAUGGGCAGAAGGUGGCUACAAGAGAUGGAGGACUGUUUUUAUCUAACUUCAAUGAUAGUUUAUCCAGUACUCUGCGUGAUGCUCAUGAAAUGGAAGAUGAUUCUCCUAGUGAAGGACAAGUGAUGAUGAAGAAACCCCAUAAAGGACAUCAACAGGAUAUAUUUCUCUCACUUCUUGCUAAAUUAAGCCAAGAACCAUUAGAUUCACAGCAAGUAGCCUACCACUCAGAGGAAUCUGAAAAUAGUAUAGAUGAACUUAGUGAAGGACAAAGACCUGGCAUUCCAGCAGCAAAGGAGAAUAUCUUCAUGGAACAUUACAUGGAUCAGCCUAAUGUCAUUUCUACAGAGUCUUUAGAGCAUAAGAGUUUUCAUGGGUCAUUACCAAAACUGUUUGACAAGACUACAGGAGAAGUUCAUGAAGAUUCAUGUGCCAGUCAUGGCCCAAUGAGUUUGGGGGAACUAGAUUUGCAACAUAUUUCAAACCUCCCCCUUCAGUCAACACAAGAAAAUGAGAUUAAGUUGGCAGUUGCACCUGAAGAUCUUGCCCAGGUCAAGCAGAAGCAAUAUCAAGAAGUUCAGCCAAUUGAGCGAAAGCCAAUACAAGCCCGAGUUAUACGGGUAAAGAAUAAAUCAGAAACUUCAUUUUCACAUCCCCGAGAUUCACAAGGAGACAUGGAUCGGACACAUAUUGAACCUAAUAGUUACCUUACUUCUUUAUUUGCAGGAGGGGAAGCAGUACCAUGUUUAACAUCACAGGCCACACUCGCCAAGAUGUCUGUGACCUUGCCUUCAGUGAAUGUGGAUGACCACUCUCGCUCUCAGAGUAUCAGCACAAUCCAGGGGGAUGCAGACUCGUCAGGAGCUGAUACAUUUUAACAAUUACAGUUUUAUGAAGUUUGUUUAAAUAAAAAGUUGCCAGUAA